AUGCGUAAAAGUCUAUUUGGGAUUCAGCUCUGUGAUCAAACAGCCACAUCGGCGGCGAAGCCCCAUGAUCUAUGGAUUGGAGAAGUGGAAAGCGCCGCCAACGAUGAUAGAGAAGCUUGUCUGCAUGGAAGAAAUAGCGUCACAGCUGUGGAUCGACUAUUGGAUCGCUUGAUGACUGUAAAAGUAGAUACAGGAGAAGUGGAAUCGCGAGUUGUAUCUGCUUAUGCGCCACAGAUGGGCUGA